GUAUUUGUAACCGGAUUGCAGUAGGGUGGAUUCAAACUGCACAUGCGAACGACGACAACAACGAUGACGACACCACCGUGCGUCGGAUGUGGAUGUGCUAUAACAGAUCAGUACAUUCUCAGGGUCGAUCCGGAUUUGGAAUGGCAUGCAUCUUGUUUGAAAUGUGCCGAUUGUGGACAAAUGUUGGACGAGAAUUGCACGUGUUUUGUGCGAGACGGAAAGACGUACUGCAAAUCGGAUUACACUAGGGGCCUAAGUGCUGUCAACACGAGCCCAUUAAUUCAUUACUGGUAUAAAGUCACAUAUUGCAUACCUGUAUACUUUAGUUCAAAAUUAAAUGAUGAAAAUGGAAAAAUGAAACCGAGAGGCGGAUCGAAACUCUUUUGA